AUGUCAACGACGCAAGCCAUCGAACUCUGGGGCACCCCUACCUCGGUAAAAGACGUCAGCGACAUCUUCCUCCGCCACCUGCAGGGGACCCUCGCCGCCAUCCCCUGGAGCGAAGAAGGGCUCCUCCCGGAAACGAACGCGAUCCACCAGCACCUCGUCAACCUCAACAACAAGGGCUGGUGGUCCGUCGCCUCCCAACCCGCCGUCAACGGCUUCCGCUCCUCCGACCACACGUUUGGCUGGGGUCCCGAAAACGGCUUCGUCUUUCAAAAAUCCUUUGUCGAGUUCUUCUUGCCCACGGCCGACUGGAACGCCCUGCGCGCCAAGCUCCAGGACCCGGCCGUGCACGAGUCCAUAUGCUUCUACGCCGCCAACGUCGCCGGCGACUUUGAGAGCUCCGACGCCGCCGCCGCGUCUCCCGGCGGCAGCCUCACGCCGAGCACCAACGCCGUCACGUGGGGCGAAAUCAUCACGCCCACGAUUAUCGAGGAAGUGAGUUUCCGCGCGUGGAGCGAGGAGGCCUUUGGGAUCUGGGCCGAGUGGGCGAGGGUGUACGGAAAGGGUUCGGAGAGCGAGAAGCUGCUUGAUGGGAUUAGAAAGGACUAUUGGCUCGUCAAUAUCAUUCAUCACGAGUUCAUUGACGGGGAGGCGUUGUGGAAGCUGUUGGAUUCGUAA